CCCUUUACAGCUUGAUGGGAAAAGAGGGGCUUGUAGCCAGGUAAUCCAGUCCAAAGGACAGGGAAUUGUGGAGCUGUACUCUGGGGAAAAGUGCAGAUCCCCAGUAUGGCUUCAUCAUCAACACCUAAAUAUAAUUCCAACUCCCUGGAAAGCUCCUCAGUUAAAAGGACCCCAAAAGAUGGAACUAACUGGGAACAAAAUGAGGAAAUACCUCGUCUACCAGGAGAAACCAGAAUUACAGAUAAAGAAGUUAUCUACAUGUGUCCAUUCAAUGGUCCCAUUAAAGGAAGAGUGUACAUCACAAAUUAUAGGCUCUACUUAAGAAGUGUGGAAACAGAGUCAGUUGUAAUACUGGAUGUUCCUUUGGGUGUAAUUUCAAGGAUUGAAAAAAUGGGAGGAGCUUCAAGUAGAGGCGAGAAUUCCUAUGGACUAGAUAUAACUUGUAAAGAUAUGAGAAAUCUACGGUUUGCACUGAAACAAGAAGGUCAUAGUAGAAGAGAUAUAUUUGAAGUCCUUACAAAGUAUGCUUUUCCUCAGUCCCACAACUUGCCUUUUUUUGCAUUUGUAAAUGAAGAGAAGUUUUCUGAAAAUGGUUGGAUGGUUUAUAAUCCAAUGUCCGAAUACAGGAGACAAGGCUUGCCCAAUGACCGGUGGAGAGUAACUUUUAUCAAUGAACAUUACAGCCUGUGUGACACGUAUCCAUCACUUUUGGUAGUCCCAUAUUAUGCUUCAGAAGAUGAUCUCAAGAAGGUUGCUGCAUUUAGGUCCCGAAAUAGAAUUCCAGUGCUGUCAUGGAUUCAUCCAGAAAAUCAAGCUGUUAUUAUGCGCUGCAGUCAACCUCUUGUAGGUAUGAGUGGUAAACGGAAUAAGGAUGAUGAAAAGUAUCUUGAUAUCAUCAGGGAAGCAAAUGGACAAAUAUCAAAACUAACUAUCUAUGAUGCAAGGCCCAAUGUAAAUGCAGUAGCUAACAAGGCAACUGGGGGAGGAUAUGAAAGUGAAGAUGCAUAUCCCAAUGCAGAACUUUUUUUCUUAGAUAUUCAUAAUAUCCAUGUCAUGAGGGAAUCUUUAAAAAAGCUGAAGGACAUUGUUUAUCCUAAUGUAGAAGAAUCUCAUUGGUUGUCAAGUCUGGAAUCAACUCAUUGGCUAGAACAUAUCAAACUUGUCUUGACAGGAGCUAUUCAAGUGGCAGAUAAGGUGUCCUCAGGGAAGAGCUCUGUGCUGGUACAUUGUAGUGAUGGUUGGGACCGAACAGCACAACUAACGUCUCUGGCCAUGUUGAUGUUGGACAGCUACUACAGAACAGUUGUGGGUUUUGAAGUUCUGGUACAAAAGGAGUGGAUCUCUUUUGGACACAAAUUUGCAUCGAGAAUAGGUCAUGGCGAUAAAAACCAUGCUGAUGCUGAUAGAUCACCUAUCUUUUUGCAGUUCAUUGAUUGUGUUUGGCAAAUGUCUAAACAGUUUCCUACAGCUUUUGAAUUCAAUGAACAAUUCUUGAUUACAAUUCUGGAUCACUUGUACAGCUGCCGAUUUGGUACUUUUUUGUACAGCUGUGAGUCUGCCAGAGACAAAGAGAAAGUGGCUGAAAAAACAUUGUCGUUAUGGUCAUUGAUAAACAGUGAAAAGGCCAAGUACAUCAAUCCUUUUUAUACUAAAGAACUGAAUCGAGCACUUUAUCCAGUAGCCAGCAUGCGUCACCUGGAACUUUGGGUCAAUUAUUACAUUAGGUGGAACCCAAGGAUUCGGCAACAACAGCCAAAUCCAGUGGAGCAGCGCUACAUGGAGCUAUUAGCUUUACGUGAUGACUAUGUGAGGAGACUCGAAGAGCUGCAGAUCACAAAUAAUACUAAGAUCUCCAAUUCAUCAACCUCAUCAGCAUCUCCGUCGCAGAUGAUGUCCCAUGUGCAAACACAUUUUUGAAGCAAGAAUGUGGUUUGCUUUCUUCAGAACACUGAAGCCACGAGCGGUGCUUAACAUAGAUCUGUAGUACAAAAAGGAGAGUAUAUGAAUGCCUUAGUUUGGACCUCUACCUAACUCCACAUAUUAGACCUUCUCUGUAGUAGGAGGACUGAAAGAAAUUUUCAAUUCAUUAUGUGCCUUUCAAAACCUGUGGACUGGGAAUGUGUUAACCAAUUUGCAGUUAGCUGGGGUGCUUUAGACUUUUGAAGAAAACUGAUAAAAUUACAAUUUUUUUCAUUAGUACAUAUGUAUUUAUUAUAUGUUUAGGUCACCAUCCUGUAAAAACUUAAGCAUAUGCUGGAUCUUGUACACUAUGUCUAUAGUGCUUUUGACUUCAAAGGGACUAUUCAUAGUGGAUAAAUCUAAGUACUUGCAUAAGUCUGCAGGAUAAGGACUUUCAGUUUCCUGAGCGAACUUCCUUGAGCUUUCAAAAGCCAAAUACUCAGGAAUAGAAUUUUCCUGGUUAACUGAAAACUACUUAAGCUUUCUGUUCAAAAUAAUUGAAAAAGAGGAACUUUUUUGGUAAUUUAAACUUGUGAUAAUUCACCUUGCUCUGUAUAUAUCAAAGAUGACAUGUUAAAAAAAAAAAAGGCUAAUUUUUAUACUGUAAGUGAAGAUUUUUAGAACGAAUAGAUAAGGAUUUUGAUGGCUUGGGAAGGAAAAUGAUUUUUUAGGUAACUAUGGAACACUACAUGUUUUUGAAUUAUCAAUUAUGUAGGUGAAACUUUCUGGAUUUGAUUUCGUUGAUUUGCCUAAAUUAUAGUUUUCAAGGGAAAAAACCUAGAAUUCUUUAAAGACAUUGCUUUAAAGUCCAGUAUUAGCAAUACGGUUUGUGCUUGUAUGCAUUUCCUAAAAUAAAAUGUGCCUAUUCAAAGCAAUUUUUAUACCAAAGUAGGUUAAAAAUUUUAAGAUUAUCAUUAAUGAGUUGGUAACCUCUUAAAUUUGUAUAGCCUAGCACAUUUAGUGGAUAUUUAACCUAUUUGUUUAACAAGCUUAUUCUUUAUAAAGUAUUUAUAGGGAUUUCAGUAUACAAGAUUUGCAAAUAGUAUGUGUGCAUUGAAAUGGUCUUUUGAUGAACUCUGUUUUGAGGUCAUUAAUUAAGAGGCUUCUCUUGUUAAAUUUAUAAUUUGCUCCUUUCAGGCAUUUUUUAUUAUUACUUACAAGUAUUUCUUGAGACAGCACAGACCUUGCUACUUGAUGUUUUAAUUCAUAUUUUGCAUACACUUGGAAGUUUUAAUGAUGUUCAGUCAAUUUAGUAUGUUUUGCAGUAUAGGUUUUGUAAAAGACUUUGUAGCUGAAAUGGUUAUUUUAAAUGAAGUGUGUGUUGACAUUUGAAACUUCUACUGUUGUAAAUUAUUGUAAAUGUGGUGGUAAGUUUGAUCUACAAAAUGUAACAACAAAAUUAAAUGGGAUUAUGUAUAAAUUAAGUUUGUGUAAUUAUAUUGAAAUAUGGUUUAUUAGAACUUCUCCUCCAAGGCUUGUAGAGUGUAAAUAUUUUGCAUACAGAAGAAAAACUUAAAGCAUAUGGUUCCAUAAAAAAACUAGAAGUCGUAGUUUAGAGGAUGCUGGAAUGUUUUAGAAAUAACAUUGUUCAUAGCACAAAAAAAAGUAGCACCUCUUAAUUUGAUACAGUAAGUACUAUACUAAAAUAAUUGCACUAUUUUUUCAGGGAAAUGCAGAGUACUGCUUGUGUGUUCUAAAUACACAUGGUUUAUGUCCACUUAUAUUUUUUCUCCUCUGAAUUUUUCUUGUACAUCUUUUCAGCGCAUAUAUGUGGAGCUGCAACUUUCAGUUCCCCUCCAGAAUCUUGGCAUUGUUUUAAGAUAGAUUGGAUGCUUUACAGCAGAUGACCAAGGAGGCUUAAUUCAACCCAACAACUUAUCCUUAUGGCAUUGAAUAGCAUAACUUUGCAGAUUUAAAACUAUGCAGACUGGCAUGUUUGCCUCCUAUUUGCGUGUGGUUUAUAAAACAUUAGGUUUUUGAAUCAGGAUUUUUAAGAGUAUUGUACUAUUUGGAUCAAGUGCUUCAUAUAAUCUGUUUUAUCAGCAGUGUUGGAGUUGAGGAAAAUUAAGUAGUCUAUUUUGUAAAUAUUGUGUAAUAAACAUUGCAUUUCAGAAUGUGUAACAUGAUGAAAAGGAUUAUAUGCACUUGCUGUUUCAUUACAUGUAUACAAUACACUUUUAUAUUGCCAAAAUUGUUGACACUUCAUUUUUAUGUAGUUGGAACUGAAGUUUGUUCUUUAAAAGCCUAUAACUUAGUUACGUGUUCACUCGGAUUUCUUUGUUGAGUCAGUGACUUAAAAUAAAACAUUGCUAUUUUAAUAGAAUUAAAAACAAAUCUUAUAAAAUAAAAAAAACCCUGAAACUUU